GUGAGUCUCUGAUUUCCUCCCUCUCUGUGGCCCGGCCUUUCUUUUAAAUUAUUGUUUACGCGGAAAGUCCGUAAGAACCGCAGAAAACUUCAAGAAAAGUCGCAACCAUGGCCGACUCUAUGGGACAGUGUGUACCUGUGGCGGUGUUUAAGCUGGUGUUGGUUGGAGAUGGAGGCACUGGAAAGACCACAUUUGUGAAGAGACACAUUACAGGAGAGUUUGAGAAGAAGUAUGUUGCCACUCUGGGAGUAGAAGUGCACCCGUUGAUGUUCCACACCAACAGAGGGCCCAUCAAGUAUAAUGUGUGGGACACAGCUGGACAGGAAAAGUUUGGAGGCUUGAGAGAUGGCUAUUACAUCCAAGCUCAGUGUGCGAUCAUCAUGUUUGAUGUCACCUCCCGAGUCACCUACAAGAACGUGCCCAACUGGCAUCGUGACCUGGUCCGUGUGUGCGAGAACAUUCCUAUUGUCCUGUGCGGCAACAAAGUAGACAUCAAAGACAGGAAAGUUAAAGCCAAGAGCAUCGUGUUUCACCGCAAGAAGAAUCUGCAGUACUAUGACAUUUCUGCCAAAAGUAACUACAACUUUGAGAAGCCUUUCCUGUGGUUAGCAAGGAAGUUGAUCGGUGAUCCCAACUUGGAGUUUGUGGCUAUGCCAGCCCUCGCUCCCCCAGAGGUCCAGAUGGACCCAUCACUUGCCGCCAAGUAUGAGGAAGAGCUUCAAGUUGCAUCACAGACGGCACUCCCAGAUGAAGAAGAUGACCUCUAACCUGUUACCUGACCUCCCUCCCUCCCUUCCCCAGAUGUGGACAAGAAGUUGGAUUUUUUUUCACCCCCUCCUUUACUGUAAAAUCCCUUUUCAGAUUUUUUUAUUUUUGAAUUUUUCGUUUUAAAAAAGUAAGGAAAAAAAACUCGGUGCAAAAGUUGUGGUUCUAAUUUCACUGUAUGACACACCCCACCCUAGUGUUGUUUGGCAUGG